GCCCUUCAUGCUCCUGCCGCCGCUGAUGGAGUGGAUGCGGGUGGCCAUCACGUACGCGGAGCACCGGCGCAGCCUCACGGUGGACAGCGAUGACAUCCGGCCCGAGUGCUGCUUUAGCUCCUUCCGGAGGCUGGACGCCAAGGCUGCUACGGAGCGAUUCCAGCAGGAUCUGGGCUUCCGCAUGCUGAACUGCGGCAGGACGGAUCUCAUCAACCAGGCAAUAGAUGCGCUGGGACCUGAUGGGGUUAAUACCAUGGAUGAUCAGGGCAUGACCCCGCUGAUGUACGCCUGCGCUGCCGGGGACGAAGCCAUGGUGCAAAUGCUCAUAGACGCGGGAGCCAACCUGGAUGUGCCUGUUCCCGGCCCCUCUCCGCGCCACCCGUCGGUCCACCCCGACAGCCGGCACUGGACUGCUCUGACGCUCGCCGUGUUGCACGGACACAUCUCCGUGGUUCAGCUGCUCUUGGAUGCCGGCGCGCACGUCGAGGGCUCCGCCGUCAGCAGCGGGGAAGACAACUACGCGGAGACGCCGCUGCAGCUGGCGUCGGCGGCAGGGAACUACGAGUUGGUCAGCUUACUGCUAAGCCGAGGCGCGGAUCCCCUCCUGAGCAUGCUGGAGCUCAACGGAAUGUCCUCAUCACUUCACGAGGAUAUGAACUGCUUCAGUCACUCCGCUGCGCACGGACACAGGAACGUGCUCCGCAAGCUGCUGACGCAGCCCCAGCAAGCGAAGGGCGACGUCCUCUCGCUGGAGGAGAUCCUGGCCGAGGGAGUGGAGAGCGACGCCUCGAGCCAGGGCGGCUCCAGCGAGGGGCAAGUGAGGCUCUGCAAGACGAGGAUGAAGGCUCUGCAGGAGGCCAUGUACUACAGCGCCGAGCACGGCUACGUGGACAUCACCAUGGAGCUGCGCAGCCUUGGAGUCCCGUGGAAGCUCCACGUGUGGAUCGAGUCACUGCGGACAACCUUCUACCAGUCUCGCUACUCGGUGGUCCAGACCCUCCUGCGGGAGUUUGUCACCAUAAAGGAAGAGGACUACAACGAAGAGCUGGUCAACGAAGGACUGCAGCUCAUGUUUGAGAUCCUCAAAACCAGCAAAAAUGACUCCAUCAAUCAGCAGCUUGCGUCCAUCUUCACCCACUGCUACGGCAGCAGUCCUAUCCCGAGCAUUCCCGAAAUCCGAAAAACGCUACCAGCUCGGCUAGAUCCUCACUUUCUAAACAACAAAGAGAUGUCUGACGUGACUUUCUUAGUAGAAGGAAAGCUAUUUUACGCGCACAAAGUUCUGCUGGUUACUGCCUCGAACAGGUUUAAGACCCUAAUGACCAAUAAAACAGAGCAAGACAGCCAAGGCAGCAAGACUGUUGAAAUUAGCGAUAUGAAAUACAAUAUUUUCAAGAUGCUGAUGCAGUAUUUAUAUUAUGGAGGAACAGAAUCUAUGGAAAUUCCCACCACUGAUAUCUUAGAGCUGCUGUCAGCUGCCAGCCUGUUCCAACUGGACGGCCUCCAGAGACACUGUGAAAUCCUCUGUGCCCAGACGAUCAGCAUGGAGAACUCCGUUCACAUCUACAAAUAUGCAAAGAUUCACAACGCGCCUGAACUAGCCUCUUUCUGCGAGGGCUUCUUCCUGAAGCACAUGAGCCCCCUCCUGGAGCAGGACUCCUUCAAGCAGCUCAUCUACAGCAGGAACAGCAAGGUGCAAGGGCUGGAGCCCCUGCGGGAGCUGCAGGCCACGCUGGCCGGGCGCCUGCACUCCGUGUACGUCACCUCGCGGGUGUGA